UAGUGCAUCGGUAUCGGUCCAGCUCUAGUUCUCAAAAUUUUGUUAGAAUUAAUACCGGAUUCCAUUUGUUUGCCGUUGAAAACGUCAAGAGUCGAAAUUUAGUCCAGUGGUUAGUUAGUACACAUCCGCUAAAUUCCACGUAACCACUUAGGAGACGAACCACCGCCUGGCUGCCGCUCUUGAUGCGCUCGCUGGACGCCUGCAGGGAUUGAGGCGACAAUUGAAAUUGCUGCAACUGCAGUUAACGGGAGAGGAGGAUAAGCGCAGGUACGCAGGCCACCGCCGACCAUCGAUAGGAUGCAGAACCAGCCCAGCCCACAGUUGCCCUGCAAGGGCAUCCUGAAGACAUCGCGCAGCUUCGACAAGUCCGGAGCCAGUUUUCGCAAAAGUGCCAAGUUUGAUGAGCUAAACGUGCUGCAGACGUUCCAUCCGGCCGACAAGGACUAUGGACACAUGAAGAUCGAUGAGCCUAAAACGCCAUACAACUACACGGAGGCCUACAAUGACAACAGGGAUGAGCUGGACACGGAGCUACUCGUGGAGAAACUUCGGAUCGCGGCCAAUAUACCACCGUCUGCGGAGAGCAUUGAAGACGACGGCUCCUCGGGCGACGAUCAGCCACUGAGCGAGGAGGAGCGACAACGGCGAAUCGAAUUCGAGCAGCGUCGCAAGGCCCACUAUCGCGAGUUCGAGGCCGUCACACUCGCCCGGAAGCUGAUCCAGGAGGAGGACGACGACGAGGAUGAUGACGAUGACGCCAGAACUUCGGAUAGUCGGCCCUCGGGCUCGGCCUCCACCUCGGGGCACUUUACGAGCAGUUUGGCGAAAAAAUCACCUGCCACCUCCCCGUCAGCCAGUGCCAGUCUGAACAUGGAUCUGGAGCCGUCGAUUAACUAGGAGCAGCACCACGUUACCCACGUGACCCAUCAAUCAAUCACUCACCAAUGUUUGCGAGGGCAGCUCUUCCGAAACGAUAUCAAGUGCACAGAGUGAAGGAGUACUCGUGAUUUAUUGAAUUUAGCCAGAACUAACACACAAAAUCAAACCGUCGCAAAGGAGUUGCUCAUCGUCGAGUAGUGAACGCAUGAAAUUACUUGUUGCAAAUUGUUUUACGUGGACGGUGGGCGGAGGAUCUAUUGUACGACAUCAAAUAUACAUAACCGUAUGCGUCUCGGCCGUAGCUGACUGUUGCAAAAUGUA